GACCGCUGGAGCACGAGGCCGGGGGAGUUGGAACCGCGGAGCUGCCAUGGUUCUCCUCAGACACAAGCUGCUGCCUCGGUACCUGCUGCUGUCCUUCAUCCUGGCCCUGCUGCUCUUCAUCAGCUCCUUCUGGCUCCCUCCAGGAGAACCUCCGGAUUGCGGCUCUGCCUGGAGGCCGUGCUCCAGCUUCCACAUCCAAACGUCUAAACCCCCGCUGCUGGAGGCGUGGCUGGAACCAGGAGGAAGCUCCGCCCUCAUCAAAGAGUGUCCAGGCCAGUCGUUUCAGGCCUGGCGUCUUCUGAAGUACCUGAAGUCCUGUAUGGCGGACGAUGGCGACAUCCUGCUGGAGUCGUACCUGCAGGGCUGGGACCAGCUCCUCGAGUUCAUGGAGUCUCUGGGGACGAUGGUCAGCUUCUUCUCUGGGAAGGUCCGAGAAAAGACUUCUCUGAUUCGGGAGCUGUCGCUCCGGCACAGCAUGGAGGUUCAGGGGAAGACCUCCAACCGUCCAACUCCACCCGCGUUCGGGCUAAAGGACGGUGCGUAUCGAUCUGUUCAAUCCAUGGUGAGGGCGGAGCUAAAAGCAGGCGUGGUGAACUUCUAUCAUCGCACGGAUUCGGGGUGCCGGACGCUGCUGAGGCUGCAUCGAUCGCUGCUGUGGCUGAAGCUGAUGUUGGAGGGUUUGUCCGAGGGUCCAGAUGCUGACGGACGAUACAAGACCCCCGGAGAGCUGAGCAGGGACGCCUACAUGGUAGCCCUGGCCCCCCACCACCCGUGGCUGCUUCGUCAGGCUGCAGAGGUGGUCUUCCUCGCCCUCCCGGACAGGCAGUACUUCCUGCAGCUGGUGUGCGUGCAGAAACAGGAGGAGGCUGCGCCCGUCCUGCGCAUCAUCAUCCACGCCCUGACGCAGGUGCACACACGGACGCAGCAGAUUCUGGAGGAGCACGGCAUGCUGGAGCUGCCCUGAAAACUCCACCCGAGAGGUGGAGGCCUCAAAGAACAGCCCGCAGAGCCCCGGAAACCGUUUCCUUCCUGUUGUUAGAUUCAGGCUUUUGGUCUUGAGCGCCGGAUCAUCGUUCUGAUUUGAUUCUGGAGCAAACCUUUCUCCAAACCAGAAACUGAAGAUCUCAUCACCAUCUGGUCUGUUUUCAUUACAACUCCCAGAAGAAGCAAAUGGUCACCCAAAAGAUCUGUAAUCCUAAAGAAACCUGUUUGUUCAGUAGAUUCACAACGGAAAUAAAAUUAUAGGGCUCUCACUAAGGGCUAUUUCAGUAGUCGACCGCUCAACGAUUAAUCGUUUAGUCAACGAGUAUUGUUUCAGUAAAGGGAUGAGCAAUUCUUUUGUUUUUACCACGGUGAUAGAGCUGAAACUCUGGAUGUUGGUGUCAUGUAGGGUUUGCCGUAUGGUGCGCUCACAGAAAUAACAUUUUUACAUGCAUAAUUCAUGCGCAACUAUGCAAGUUUCUAUGACUAUUCUUGGGCUCUUCAGUGCACAGACAGUGAACGCAUGUUGAAAGUUGAACCAGUUGAACUUUUGCCAAUCAGAGACUCGGAUUUGGUAGCGAUGUAUAGACGGCAUCCUUUUUAAUCCCAACUGUUUGUAAAUUGAUCAUGGGUGGAGAGAAUUAAUAAUUGCGAUUUUUGUCCGUCUGGAAUCGUAUGACGCAAAGUCUUUCAUUUAUAGGAAUAGAGCUGUGACAGAAAAACUCUGGAGGAAGAUUUAGCAGAUUUGCACCGCAUUGACUUUUGUUUCCAAGCAUAGACUGUAAAAGCAGUGGACAGUUCAACCCCUCCCUUCUCAUGUUCCCAAACAGGAAGUACCUGCUGGUUCCAAGAAGCUAAAAUCCCAUAAACUUCUAUAGAGAAAUAAAAAAGGUAUUACUCAAUCA